AUGCCAUCUGGUAGAAAACAAGAUGGCCACCGACGCCGCUCGUCGUCUGUGCAAAGGAGGACUCGACAGCAUUCGGUUACCUCGGUGGACUCGACAACAAGUAGUUUUUUCAACGAGGCUAACAACCAUGAAAUGUACUCGGGUGCUGUUUCAGAAAUCAUUCCUUCUUCCAUUACCUCGUUUCAUUAUCCUCAUCACUUUGGAAGUCGUGGGACUCGAAAGGGCCUGUCUGUUUCUCGAGAAACUUCACCUUUGUUGGCGGCGGACAACAGAAACGACAUAGAUUUACAAUCUGUUCGAUCCAACGCAACCUCAAGUUCGGCAGAAUCUCAGUAUGGAUUCAAGUUUUUCAGAGCAGAUGAGAUCGAAAUGGCGCCAGGAGGUUCAACCCUCGAAAACCCAGAAGAUCCCGUCGAUUACAAUACCGAUUGGGACUACUCAGUAGACAAGUAUGAAGAAGACCAGCCAUCAUUAUUUCAUUCACUUCAAGGUGCUACCCCAGGCUCAGCUGAAUACGAUGCCAUAAACCAGCUCCACCGUACCGGAUCUUCUAGUGGUGCUAUCAAUGACAAUGAAAGUAGUUAUGGAUCUAUUCAUUCGUCGACUGCGUCGCUAUUUGAAAGAAGAAACCGCAGAGGUUCAGAUGAAUCUGGUAAAAAUGGUUCAGAAAGCAUUGAUGAGUCCGCUUCCCUUCAUCUGGGCUCAGAUGUCCACGACUCUUCAAAGUAUCAGCCAGUGUCGGAGUACCAAAGGUUCUAUUUGGCAGAAGAAGAUUUGGUAAUAGGAAUUGCUGGAUACUCAAAUUGUCGCUGGAAAAUAUUCUUGUACUAUGCUUUAUGCAUACUAACCUUGGGUUUGGGAUAUCUAGUAUUACGAUGGCUGCCUCGUUAUCGUAUCAGCUUGAUGGGAAACAAAUGUCCAUUGGGGCGUGCCGAUUGGUGUGUGAUUGAAAACGAAUAUGGUGAGUUAUCCAUUGUUCAAAUCAAUAAGAGAAGAUACAACGAAAGACUUUCUUCGUUUCUUGCACUUCCAAAAGUUGCGGACGACGAAAGCAAAUUAGAUGAGACUGCCGACCUCAACCCAGUGGUUCAAAACUUACUCAGCUUUAGCUAUCGCUACCUUCGGUUUUUUUACAGUCCAGUCGAGGAUAUCUUUAGAACAAAUUCAACGUGGUACGACAGCCAUUGGACUAACUUAAAAAGCAUCAAGGAAGGAAUUUCUCAAUCAACACAAGAGCAGAGAAUCCAUAAUUUUGGUGAGAACAAUAUUGAAAUCGAGGAAAAGUCUAUCAUGCUGCUUCUCACUGACGAAGUAUUACAUCCGUUUUAUGUGUUUCAAGUGUUCUCCGUCUUCCUCUGGCUUGCCGACGAUUAUUUUUAUUAUGCAUCGUGUAUCUUUUUCAUUUCGUUGAUUUCCAUCGUCAACAGUUUAAUCGAAACCAAGUCCACCAUGAGAAGACUUCAAGAGAUUUCCAAGUUUGUAUGCGAAGUUAGAGUGUGGAGAAAUGGUUUUUGGAAACAGGUAGAUUCUAACGACUUGGUGCCUGGAGAUGUCUUUGAAGUCGACCCUUCCAUGACGGUUGUUCCUUGCGAUGCUCUUUUAACCAAUGGUGAAUGUGUGAUAAAUGAAUCAAUGUUGACAGGAGAGAGUGUUCCAGUAUCUAAAAUUGCUGCUACUUCUGAAACAACCCAAUUGCUCUCUGAAGAUUUCACAUCUCCAUUGGUAGCAAGAUCACAAUUAUACAAUGGAACUAAGAUAUUGAAGAUAAAGACAUACAACGAUUCCCCCGUUAUGGCUAUGGUACUCAAGACUGGUUUUAAUACCACGAAAGGAUCUCUUGUUCGUUCCAUGUUGUUCCCCAAGCCAGUUGGUUUCAAGUUCUAUGAAGACUCUUUCAAGUAUAUUGGGUUCAUGGCUCUAAUUGCUGCAAUUGGGUUUACUUAUUCCACAUACAACUUUAUCAAGCUUGGCUUACCAAAGAAGCUCAUGAUACUAAGAGCAUUGGAUAUCAUCACCAUUGUCGUUCCACCCGCUUUACCUGCGACACUCACUAUCGGUACUACUUUUGCAAUCAGCAGAUUGAAGAAACUUCAAAUCUUCUGCAUCGCUCCCACCAGAGUCAAUAUUGGGGGAAAACUCGAUGUGUUAUGCUUUGACAAAACUGGUACUUUGACAGAAGAUGGGUUAGAUGUGUUGGGCGUUCAUGUAGCGAACAACGCAACUGGACGUAAAGAAAUCAUUUUUGACGAUUUGGAAAGCGAAAUUGAGACUCUUUGCAAGAAAGUGGACUACAAUAAGGCAACCAAACUGGAAUCUAAUGCUCACAAAUCUUCGCACGAGGAAGUUCUCUUGGGGUGUAUGACAGCAUGCCACUCGUUGAGACUCAUCGAGGGAGAGUUACUUGGUGAUCCAUUGGAUGUCAAGAUGUUUGGUUUUACUAAAUGGAACUUUACUGAGAACGUUGAAGAUUCCAAGAGUGCGGUUCAUCCUGGAUCUGAGAUACAUUCCGGUUACUUGAUCGUCUCCGAGUUUGAGUUUGUUGCGUCCCUAAGACGUAUGUCUGUUAUAACGUCCAAAGAUGAUACUGGCUAUGUCUUUUGCAAAGGUGCACCUGAAGUCAUGAUUGAAAUUUGUAAUCCAGAGAGUAUUCCCACGGAUUAUGACGAGCUUCUUCACCAUUAUACUCAUAAUGGCUAUCGUGUGAUUGCAUGUGCUUACAAGACAGUCGAUGCUUCCAAGAAACUCGAACGUGAAUCUGCCGAAUCAAAUCUCACAUUUAUUGGGUUCAUUGUCUUUGAGAACAAAUUGAAGCCCUCGAGUAAACCAACUUUGAAUAAAUUGAACGCUGCAAAAAUCAGAACCGUGAUGUGUACUGGUGACAAUAUCUUGACUGCCGUUAGUGUUGCCAAAGAAUGUGAGCUUGUGGCUCCAGAAGUUCAACACAUUUACUUACCCUCGUUUACCGAAGGUAAUGAUACGGGAAUAACAUGGGAGAACAUGAACGACCCAGAUCUCAAAUUGGAUCCGUAUACUUUAAGACCCAUAGAAAUGGACUUAAGAGCAGAAACACCAGAGUCCUAUAAAUUGGCUAUAACCGGUGACAUUUUCCGCUACUUGUUGACAGAAGUCAGGAAUAAUACCCUCACGCAACAGCUUUUGAUGAACUGUGAUGUGUUUGCCAGAAUGAGCCCCGAUGAAAAGCACGAAUUGGUCGAGCAACUCAGAAAAUUAGACUAUACUGUUGGAUUUUGUGGUGAUGGAGCAAACGAUUGCGGAGCAUUGAAGGCAGCAGAUGUUGGUGUAUCCUUGUCGGAAGCCGAAGCUUCGGUGGCUGCUCCAUUCACUUCAAGAGUGUUCGAGAUAUCAUGUGUAUUGGACGUUAUUCGAGAGGGAAGAUCAAGUCUUGUCACCAGUUUUUCCUGCUUCAAGUAUAUGUCCUUGUACUCAGCCAUCCAGUUCAUUACCGUGACAAUUCUUUACAAGAGGGGCACUAAUUUGGGAGAUUUCCAGUUUCUUUACAUCGAUCUUUUCUUGAUUCUCCCAUUGGCUAUUUUCAUGUCAUGGUCCAAACCCUAUGAAAAAAUUGUCGUAAAGAGACCAACAGCAAACCUUGUAUCACCCAAGGUGUUAAUACCAUUAUGUUGUCAUAUUCUUGUCAUUUUAUUCUUCCAAAUUGCUGUGUGGUUAUAUGUUCAACAUCAACCUUGGUAUCUCAAACCUGUGCCUGGAGGUGACGACGAGGUAAAAUCUUCUGAUAACUCAAUUCUUUUCCUCUUCACUAAUUUGCAGUAUAUUCUUAUUGCUAUAGUGUUGAGUACUGGCCCACCAUAUCGGGAACCAAUGACAAAGAACAAACCAUUCUUACUCAAUGUGGCUGUUGCUAUAGGUAUUUCUGUUGCCCUUUUCCUGGUCGAAGGGGAUUCUUGGAUGGGAAAUCUUAUGCAACUCACAAAUAUGUCAAGAGGAGCAUACUGGAUAAUUAUUGGUGCUGCUAUUUUGAAUUUGCUAGUGAUGUUGGCUGGAGAAGAAACUUGGUUUGUGAAUUUUGCGCGGACUUUCAAGCGAGUAUUUCACCGUGCGUCGCUUGGAAAAAGUAAGAAAUUGUUCAAGAACUUGAAGAGAGAGUUUGCUCGUAUAGAAAGUGUAUAG